AUGGUUGGCGACGAAAAUCAAGCCAGCGGGUCGACAACAAUCUGGUUCAUGCAGUAUGGACAAUUUCUAGAUCAUGAUAUCGUGGCAACUCCAGAAAUAUCGAACGAUGACGGCUCACCGAUCAGCUGUUGUAAACCGGACGGAAAAUAUCUUGAAGAAGCGGAUCGCAGUCAUGGCAAAUGCCUUCCCAUUGAGGUUCCAGACAACGACCCAUUUUACUCCAAAUUCGGCCGAACUUGCCUUCCCCUUAUCCGAGCCAACCUAGCGUGCAGAAGCGAUGGCAAAUUGGGCAAUGCAGCGCAGCUCAACGGAAAUACCCAUUUCAUAGAUUUAUCGCUCGUUUAUGGCUCCGACGAUAAAAGAGCAGGUGAGCUGCGAUUUCGCGUAAAGGGGGAACUGAAGGUCACUGUGAAAGAAGGCCCCGGUUUUCACAAGUUUGAGUUGCUACCACCAGCCGAAACUAGUCCACUGGAUGCGCCUUGCACCUUGCCACGCGAAUUGACUGGUUCUGAACCACCUGCAAAUAUCACAUGUUUCAAAGCCGGCGAUGGCCGUCCCGAUGUAACGCCCUCUAUGGCUACCACUCAAGUUAUUUUCUUGCGGGAACACAAUAGACUUGCCAGAGAGUUGGCAGAGUUGAAUCCAUACUGGGAUGAUGAACGCCUCUUUCAGGAGGCCCGACGCAUUUUGAUUGCCCAAGCUCAACACAUCACCUACAACGAAUGGCUACCAAUUCUUCUCGGUCGCACAAAAAUGGCCGAACUUGGCCUGUUACCAUUGCAGAGUGGUUUCAGUAGCGACUACGAUGAACAACUUAAUCCCAGUAUCUUGGGUGAAUUUGUUGGCGCUGCUUUCCGUUUCGGCCAUUCUCUCAUCCAGGGCAAAACUCUAUUGCUCAACAAACAAAGGGCCGCGGAGAAAGUAAUCUGGUUGCGUGAACAUUAUUUUAAGCCACAGCUCCUCUACACGCCUGGCAACGUUGAUAAAUUCCUUAUUGGUUUGGCUACUCAACCCACUCAAAAAGUGGAUCUGUCUUUCACUAGAGAGGUCACUGAGCAUUUAUUCCAAGAACGAGGCGUAGAUUUCGGUUUGGAUUUGGUAGCUCUCAACAUCCAGCGUGGACGCGACUUUGGACUAGGAACCUACAAUGCUUACCGUGAACUUUGUGGUAUUGGACGUGCCAGAGAUUUCGAUGGCCUUGCCGAUACAAUUAAGCCAGAGAUUAUUCAGCGUUUGAAAGCGGUGUACAACUCUGUAGACGAUAUUGACCUGUUCAUUGGAGGCGUUAGCGAGACAAAAUCCAAAAAUGCUUACGUAGGCCCUACAUUCCUAUGUAUUCUCACCGACCAGUUCUUGAAACUGAAGCGUGGAGAUCGUCACUUCUACGACUUAGGCGGCCAACCCAGUUCAUUCACUGAAGAUCAACUGAAUGAAAUUCGUAAGGCAAGUUUGGCCCGAAUCGUUUGUGACAACAGCGAAGUUAAUGAAAUUCAACCGAUAGUUUUCAAAAUGCCAACGCCGAUAAACCCAACGGUCAGUUGCCAAUCCACCUCCAUUCCCCGUAUGAACCUUCACCCAUGGAAAGAAGCUUCUAGGCCAAGUGGCGGGUAUGGCGGAUAUGGUGGGUAUGGUGGGUAUGGUGGGUAUGGUGGAUAUUACUAG